AUGUUGCCUUACUCGUCCUACAUGCUCGCAGCAGUAGCUGCUUUGCUAGCGACUUGCCAUGCGCUGCGUAAAUGUCCGGGAAUCCCUGGGCUGCCUGGUAUCCCUGGGCUGCCUGGAAGAGAUGGUCUGAAAGGACAGCCACGUCUACCAGGUCUCAUAGGACCCCCUGGAAGCCUGAUGGGGCCUCCUGGGAGAGGUGGUCUUCCUCAGCUGCAAGGUCUACCUGAUUCUCUGGACACAGAACUCCUCAAUGUUUUAGUGAAUUUGAAACACCGACUUUCCAGACUUGAAGGCGUGCUUACUUUGAAUGGGAAAAUAAGAGAAGUAGGAGAGAAAAUACUUGCCAGCAAUGGGAAGGAAGUUGAUUUUGCAUCUGCGCUAAAAUCCUGUGAAGAGGCUGGAGGAACUCUUGCAACUCCCACGAAUGAGGAGGAGAACAAAGCUGUUUUGAGUAUCGUGAAACAGUAUAACCGAUAUGCUUACUUAGGCAUUAAAGAGGGUGAGACUUCAGGUCAGUUUAAGUAUAUAAAUGGCACACCUCUGAAUUAUACCAAGUGGUACCAAUACGAGCCUAAUGGCAAAGGGACAGAAAAAUGUGUAGAAAUGUACACUGAUGGGAGAUGGAAUGACAAGAAAUGCAACCUGUAUCGCCUUACCAUCUGUGAAUUUUAA